GUCAACAGGAUCAUGCCACUGUGAGCAGCGAGAAACUGAAGAUUUGUUAAAAUGGACAGUCAUAUGAGCAAUGAUUUCUUAAUGAAUUAUUCAGAGGUAGAAAGAGUUCUAGUCAACAAUUUUCCAGAGCAAUGCCUACCACCUGACUACGUUCUUCAACAGUUUGGUCAUGUAAACAACGAGGAAAUUUUGUUUGAAGAUGUGAUUCUUGUACCUACACAUUCUAGCUUGAUUGAUUUACCAUUCAGGAUGAGUAUGGAGGAUGUAGAAGGUCUUUAUGAGGAUGUUGAGGCGGAAACAGCUGACUCUGUUAUGUCUCUGUCCUUACAGAAAAAGGACAAGAUAUGCCUAGUGUGCGGGGACAAGGCCCUUGGCUAUAACUUCAAUGCUGUGUCCUGUGAAUCAUGUAAAGCAUUCUUUCGUAGAAAUGCUCAUAAGACAAUACGAGGGCGCUGUGAAGGAACAUGUGAGGUCACAGUAGACUCAAGGUCAUUCUGUAAAAAAUGUCGUCUCAACAAAUGUUUUACUGUUGGGAUGAGAAAAGAUAUGAUAUUAAACGAGGAACAAAAGAAACAGAGAAAACAGAAGAUAAUUAUCAACAAAUUACGUAAACAUGGUCAACUACCUCCAGAAGACACAUAUGCUGCUUCUCCUCAGGACUUCGCUGAUACAUUUCAGGACCAAAUUAAAAAUCAGUCGUUAGAGGAACUUCGUUCCACAUUCCCUAGAUUAUCAGACAGUGAUUUGUUAAUGCUCAUGAAAUUGAAAUCGGAAAAUGAAAAUGUAUCGUGUUCCGUAAGUGCCGACAUUUCCAAUAAGUAUCCAGCUUGGAAUGAAAGUCAGGAGCUGGUUCGCGAUAUUAUAUCACAGUUUCCCGAUAUGGAAAAGGGAAUUAUUAUAGAAUUGAGACGAGCUCAUGAACAAACAGAAUUUUUGGGAAAUACACAAACAGUUUUGAAAAACUCCCCAAAGAAUACUACUGAUUUUGUUAAUGUUGCUGAAGGCUUUGUUCGCAGAAUUAUCAAGUUGUCCAAAUAUAUAGAAUUUUUCAAGAUGAUAAAUAAAGAAGAUCAGAUUGGAUUAUUAAAAGGUAGUGUUGUAGAAAUUUUGAUGUUACGAUCAGCGGUCAAUUUUGAUGUUCAGACUGAAACAUGGUCUUUGAAUACAAAAAAUAUUUUAUCUGCGUCUAUGAAUGACAGGAAAUCAUCCACAUCCACAUCUACAUCCACAAUGAGUUCUGAGAUUAACUCCCCUGUCUCUCCCGAUUCGGCCUCUUCUUCAGUUUCUGAAACUAAAAAUAUUUUUUUCCCAGGCAACAGCGGAGGAGGUGUUGAUAUGGGUAUGAUCAACUCUAUGAGAGAGCAUGCUCAGAGGAUGGGUUAUGACAUAGAAAGUCUAAGGGAGCGUGCUGCUAGUUUUGGAUUUGACGUAUCAAAAAUGGCGGGAAUGGGAGUUUCUGAAUUCUCAAGGAGUGCUGAUGCACCUGCUCAAACUGUCGGAAUUGAUCUCUCCAGAAAAUCUGGAAAUGUAGAAAAAGAAGAAUCGAAAAUAAGUGCCAAUAUACUCAAAAUGGGGAACCCUGAAGCACAGAGCAUGUUUUUGACAUAUUCCAAGUUCGUAAAGUCUUUGAUGAGGGUUAUACAUGGAGAUUUGUUAGUUCUGAAACUAUUAAUUAUGUUAUCUUUAUUUUCUGCUGAUCGACCAGGAUUACAACAGCAGGAUAAGAUUCAGGAAAUACAGGAAUGUUACGCUAAAAUUCUUCAAAGAUACGUCAAAGAUAGAUUUCCGGAGGAUAGUACAUUGUUUGCCAAGAUUAUUAUGAAGCUGACGGACCUUAGGAAUAUAAAUGAAGUUCAUACUAAAAUGUUACUGAAAAUGAAACUAGAUUCUAUAGAACCUUUAUUGAUAGAGAUAUUUGACUUGCCAAGUUAAAAGAACAUUUGCUCAAUGGGAUUGCGGUUUUGCACAAAUGUUGGGAUAGGAUGAAGGGGGUUUAUUUUAUUGUUAUAAUUUUACAUUGUUUAAGUGCUAACUAUUUUUAUUGACAACAUUCUUGUUCUAUAAAGUAUACUGAAAGUUUUGUUUAAAAAAAGAAAACAUAACUUUGAUAAAGAUGGGGGAAAAAGGAUUUGAAUUUGACAUUGAAUUUUGAAUAAAGUAGGUUCAAUUUUGACCUUGAUAUUAAAAAUGUUAAGUUUAAUUUUAACCUUGAUUUUAAAUAUUACUACACAUUAUACUAGGUCUUCGUUAUAUCUUUCUGUGAAUGCGUUACAAAAACAUCAAUAAGCCAUAGAUCUAUUGCAUAAUAAUUUAAGCAUGAAUAAGUUAGUGAGUUAUUGCCCAUUCAAACAUACUGAAAAAAUAGUCUUUGUUUACGAUAUAUAUAACAAAAGUUUCUAGUAUUUUGCCAUCAUAUUACUUUUUGGCGUUGAAUUUAAAACCUAUUAAUUUUUUUAACAAAUGAUAAAUUCUCUAUUAAUUUUACAAUUCACUGGUUCAACCCAUUGACGUCUUUCUUAACAAAAGUCUGCUCUAAAGUAAAGAUCUCACAAUAGAAAAUAGUACGUAGACAUAGACACUCGGAAUAACCUUUGCAUAAUAACAACAUAACUUGUUUACUUUCUCAGAGGAACUCUUAGAUAAUUAGCUAUAUAUAAAUAUAGAUAGUUUUCUUAUGAUUAAUUAAUGAGAGAGGAAACACAUUGGGUCAAUUUACAGUAAACAUGUAUUGAUUAGUUUUAAUAGGUUUGUCAUGGCAUGCAUGAUACUAAAUACAUGUGUAGGUACCCAAUCAAGAAGGGGAAAGUUACAGGAUUCUAUUACUUCAAAAGCUUCUCUAUGUUACAUGCAUGAACAUUUUUCUGGAAUUGGACAGAUUUACAGAUUUUGACAUUUGGUUAUAUAUAUCCUUUACUAAAUAUUUAAUUUUCCCACAAUAUCUGAUUUUGGUCUUAAAUCAAUGAUGAUAAACAUGAUAAAAUUCCUAUAAAAAAGUAAAAUAACAAAAUAAAAGGAAUUCUAUUUCUUCAUAUUACAAAGUGAAAUUAAAAGAUAAAAAUCCAAUAACAAGGUGAAAUAAUGAUAUAUUCAGAUUGUAAUUACUUAAAACAAUAGAAAAGACAGAUUUUUGAUUACUAGGUAAACCAAACUUAAGGAAAAAAUUAUAUGAUUUAAAUAACAAAAUGAAAUUAGAUUAAUUAAUAAGGGUAACAAACUUGCAAAGUAUUAGAAACAACAAAAAAAAGAUUUUAAUAUUAGAUUAAAUUCAGAUAAGUUUAAAUGAAAUAAACUAGGAUUAGGAUAUCUAGAUUCAAAAAAUGAUUGAAAGGAAAGCAAUAUUUUUAUUAGAAGACAUGAUAAAACAGAAAUUAGACGAGAUAUGACAGAGUUAUCUUUCUUUAAUGGUUAGAAAAUAACAUGUUUUUAAAUUUAUUUACAUGUAAGAGGUGCUGUAUUGUACUUUCCAACAACCACUGAUUAAAGCUAAAACUAAAAAAAGGAAUGUAUUGUAAGGAAUUAUGGGUAGGAUUCAGAUGAAUUAUGGGUAGGAUUAUGAUAAAUUUUGGAUAAGGUUGUGAUACAUUUUUAGAUAGAAAACAUGUACUAUGAAACACCUUUAUAGUGUGGGACUGUGUUUUGGAUGUCCAACUAUUUGUCUGACUGUUGACUAUUAUAAUACCUUUGUUAAUUAAUGUAGCUAUUUUGAAUAUCCAGGGAAACAUUUGGCGCUGAUGAUUUAUCACAUUUAAGCUGUCAUGUUAUAAAAAACUAGAAUCUCAAAACACUGCAGGUAAAACCUUUUAAUUGAUCUCAGGGGUUUGAAUAAAACCAGGAAAGUUUCUUGAUUCCUAAAUCUAAAUUGAUGAAGAACAGCAAUAAAUGGACUGUUGGCUUGCUUUGAAUUUUGAAUAGAGAUUUUAUGUCGAAUUAAUUUACCAAAUCACUUCUUUUUUCCUAUCAUAAUUCUCUUCUCGUCUUACUAUUUGUUUGGUUGUCAAUGUAAGCGAUAAAUAUCAGAUUACGUGCUUUAUACUAUUAGUUCUUCAUUAAUACUUUGGCAUUUGGAAACAUUGGUUCCUUGAUCAAAUACUCUAUUGUCUUCUGAAUCGAUACGUUUAUUAGAUGAGUCUACCUAUUAGAUUUGUUAAUAAUGUAUUAUUAGCCUAAAUAUGCAUGAAAUUUUUUCCGUUGAGAAUAUUAAAUAUAUUGAGAAUAUUAAAUAUUUUAUUUCGGUUAACAUCGGUUUAUAUGUUUUUGUUUGAAAUAGAAUAAAUUUAAAAGAACAGAAAAAAUUAAUGACAAGUAAUAGAGAGUUGAAUAAAAUUUUAAUGACAUUAUACAAGAUAAGCAUGUCAGAACUCUUUUAAUGAAAAGCUGAUUUUUUGCAUUAUUGAUAUAUAACGAUCCCAAUAGGUUCAUUAAUAAAAAUUAUGUAUAGUUAAUUGCAUUUUCCCAACAAAAUACUCAAAUGAGGCAGUAAUUUAGGGCAUAUAAAAUAACAUAUUAACCUAGUUUGUCACGCUGGAGAUAUUUAUCUCUAUUGCUGAUCAUUUAUGUGUUAAAAUCAAUAUGUAUAAGGUUAAUGUUUACUUAAAAUCUUGCCAUUAACUUGUGUAGAUUUAUAUAAAGCGUGCAUAAUUAAUGUAAAGUAUAAUAGUGUCCAUUUUAACACAGGGUGUAGUACCGUAAACGCAAAUGUUUAAAAUAAUUUAUUUUAACAUAAAAUCCAAGAGGACUAACUUGACAUUACAUGGUUAUUUUGGGUCAAAGGGCAUAUGGCAACAUUAAUGGUAGAACAAAAUAGAUUACUCCCAAGACAUAUUUUUAUGGAAAAUAUAAAAAUUAAAUUUCACAAAGUAGACAUAUAUAUCAGAAAUAUAUCUAUUAUUUUUAAGAAUCUUCCGAUUAAAAUGUUCAUACUAGAUUUGACAUCGUUUUUUUAAAGAGUUGAUCUCUUGCCUUAAUGUUAUUGUAAAGGUGUCCAUAUAUUUGUUGUUUUAUUGAAUUUGGGCUGCCUUAAUUGGUUUGACUAUAAAAUAUAUGUUGUUUCUAAUAAACUAUGUGCAUAGCAUUCAAAGAUAUUUGGCAUCUGAUAGCAUACAGAAAAUUUUUUUUAAUUUGAGAGGAUUCUGUUUUUCUCUGGUCCACCAUUUUCGAAUCCUAUUGCAUUCUGGGUACUUGUAAUGUCAAAAGGAUACAACUAGAUAUUUGUUAGAUGCAUCAUGACAUCUUGUAUUAGAAACCAUAUAUGUAUGAAUAAUAAUGGUGUUAAAUGUGGGACUGUGAUUACUGUGUUAAUAUAUUGUGAAUACCGUUUUAUUGUUAUUUGAAUUAUAUACAUGUAUGUGUAUGUGUAAUUGUCAACAAAUGUUACUUAGAUAUUUAAUGAGUAAAUCUUAAGUUUUUUUAAUUAUAACUUUGUAUUUUAAAAUAAGAUGAAGCAUAAUUAGACAACAUAAUAAAAUUGAGAAUGGAAAUGGGAAUAUAAUGUUCAGUUUCCGUAAAAAUAUGUUUCCAAGUUAUAAUA